CACAAGGGUAGUGUGAGGAUUUCCACUAAUCUUGGCUUCACGCUUCUGGAACUGAAACCCAAAACACCAGGACUCGGGCACGUUCGUUCUUUAAUUCAGAUUGUGAUUCAGUUUCGGUGUGGACGGAAUGGAGGUGCGCUUCACGCGAGGCAAAUCUGCGAUCCUCGAGCGCUCGCUCACGCGCCCCAAAACCGAGGUGAGCGUGAGUGCGUUCGCGCUGCUCUUCUCUGAGAUGGUGCAGUACUGCCAGAGCCGCGUGUACUCGGUGUCGGAGCUCCAGGCCCGGCUGGCAGACAUGGGUCAAGGUGUUGGAGCCAGUCUUCUGGAUGUUCUUGUGAUGAGGGAGAAAAAUGGGAAAAGAGAGACCAAAGUUUUAAACAUACUUCUCUUUAUUAAGGUUAACGUAUGGAAAGCAUUAUUCGGAAAGGAAGCAGACAAACUGGAACAAGCCAACGAUGAUGACAAAACAUACUACAUCAUUGAAAAGGAGCCUUUGAUCAAUGCCUACAUUUCAGUACCGAAAGAGAACAGCACUUUGAACUGUGCAGCCUUCACCGGUGGCAUCGUGGAGGCUAUCCUAACCCACAGUGGCUUCCCAGCCAAAGUCACUGUCCACUGGCACAAGGGAACCACACUGAUGAUCAAGUUUGAUGAGGCAGUCAUUGCUCGUGAUAAAUCUCUUGAUGGCAGAUAGCAGAUUGCUUACUUCACCGAGUCUCAAGUUUUAGCCUUGAGUCUGGAGUCUCAACAUUGUCCCCCCCCCACUCAUUUUUAUAGCUUUGAUAACAAAUUCACUGCAUCUAGCACAGAUCUCAAAAUAACUUAAAGUCUGUCUCUGGCUGUCCUAUUUUUAAUGAUGUUACAGAAUAUUGCUGAGGACAAGCCACAUCAACACAGUCACCUCAUUAGUCCAGUGUAAAAUGUAAAAUUGACUGAUGAAGGUGAAGGUUAUUAUCUGAAUUUUACACAUGUCCCAUAAUAAGACAUGAAUAAAUUGUAAUAAAUGAUAAAUUAAAUCAUUAUUGAAUUUAGGCUUGGAUCUCAGUGGAAUUGAGUAUCACUGCACUGUGAAAAAAAAUAAUUACAUAAACCUUUAACUCUUAGUUGCUUCAGUAUAUCACAAAAUUGUGCAGACAGUGUACAUAUGUCAAAAUGAAAAAUCUGAACUAGCGGUAGCAGAAAAGUUUUAUUUACAGCAUGAAUAAUUACAUUUGGACUUCUUGAUGUUUGUAUUAUAGAGGAUUGUUCUAUGUAUGUGUAAAUGUUUCAUCUGUUCAUGUUGU